AUGGAGGGCUCGGGUAAUUAUCGGGGGAAUAUUGUCAAGUGGCUGCCGUUUAUGAGCUCCGAACUCGAGAGCUGGUUCACUCAUAUUGUGACCCUCAAUGAGGCGAUGGAUAAGUGCGCCAGGGAUAUCGCCAUGAUCAUUGAGGACUUGCAGGGGUCUAUGGGUAUCUCCGAUAAAGAAGUGUUCCUGCGUCAGCAAACGAAGCAAUUGGGAGCACUCGUGCAGACUUACUCAUCGAUCUGGUCGGACAAGAAGGAAUUAGCCGUUACGAAUCAGGUGUAUAGAUACAAGGUUGAAUAUCUAUCGUCACGAGUAAAACGUUCCCUCAAUAUUGUUGCGAAAUUCUGCAGAAAUUUGAUUUUCGAAAUCAUCGUGGAUUGCUGUAAAGACGAUGGAAAAUUUACUAGACUUCUUUUUGGGCUCGUUCAGGCAUACAACGAUGCACUGGACCUAGACUGCAAUGUUUCCUCAGAAUCAACUUCCGUGAACAUUUAUUCUAAUGACUGUCCGUCCAUGCUGGACCCGCUGAAAAAAAUCUCCGUUACUAGAAUUUUACAAGUUUUAGCGAAAAAUAAAGCGGAGGAGAAUUGCCACGAACUCAUUGAUUGCCUCUUGAUGAACUAUCAACCGCGGAGUGAGGAGGAUUUGAAAUCCCCCCAAUCAUGGGAUGUGGAAAUGUCGGAAAAUUCGAGUAUCGAGAUAUAUCGCGCAUUAACAAAGCACAUGACGCCACCCGGAGACCCCCCAGCCCCAACCGAGGAAAAUAUUCCGGACCAAACUGAGCCGACAACUCCAGGGAACAUAGAGAGUAUAGAAGCCCUCGUCGACAAUCAGACUCUUCAAGUUAAUAAACUCAUGGAGGCGAUAAGAGAUGUCUACCCGCAGUUGUUCGGCCUUGAGAACAUCAAGUACGACUGUCGAGGUGAGACCAAGGUGAGGAGGAGUGCAUUGACACGGCUCUCGGAUUACUACCAGCGCGUCGCGUGGGCCGCGAUAUCCGGUAUAUUGGAUCAUGUUGUGCUGUGGUGGUCCCCCGAGGGUCUCGCUGCACGUCACAGCCAAGGGGCGCAUCAUCUCAAAGACUGGCUGCGUCGGUUCAUCCAGACGAAUGAGAUUUCUUCGAGUGUCAGACCAGCUCUAUUGAACCUCUGUGAUGCUCUGGGGUGUCACGUCACCGCCACCUCCUGGGAUGAGCUCUUCAGAUUGGCCUACAUCGCUUCCUUCGAAUGCUCCUCAAAACCCUUGUCCUCCGAGGGCACGGAUACGGGCCAAAUGUUUGCUGAAUUAUUCCAGCUGCUAGUGACACUCAGUAAUGAAUGCGAAAUUGGGGGUGAAUGGGUCGUUGGAGCUCCUCUAAUGGAAUUACCUCUGUCAGAGCAAAUAAUUGUCCUGCACAGAUUGGACCAUUCGGUGCACACGAUGCGGCUCUGGGCUAUCCAGGAGUCAAAAUUGAUCGCUCAUACUUGGGAUUUGGAGACUUUUUUUCUACUUGUUAAGGGUGAUCUCGUGGCUUGCAUCGACGAGUUGUCAUACCUCAAGCUCAGUGAUCAUACUUCUGCUCUUUCCAUCGACGCCACCAGUGUCCAAGUGUACGUUUGUGCAAAGAUGAGAGCAAAAAUAGUAUCUGAAGUCAACGCAAAUAUUCAAUUGCUCAAGGAGGCACCGGUCAAAUGUAUAAAUACCCUCGCUAAAAUUUGUCGCGUUGUGAGCCUAGCAAAUUUACACAUGUGCUUCCCAAUAUCGAAAUAUUGGAGACGAAACAGCAGCACUGUUGUCGCCGUUGGACCCACACCCUAUGUGGAGACAUAUCUUCAACGCGUUCUUUUGCCAGUUCUGGAGGUGAUUGAAGACCACGAGGUUUCUAAUAUGGUGUUGAAGAUCAUGUGUGAAGCCUGGCUAGAUUACAUUUACCUUCAUCGUAUAAAAUUCUCUGAAUUUGGAGCUCUGCAGCUGUUAACAGACUUCGCCCACGUCUCCCGUUGGGUCACAGACUGUCCCAUCAUCUCCCAAGGGGUCAAAGGGCAUUUAUUGAAGAACGAACUUCUGCGGCGGUGUGAGGGAGUCGGAAGACUGCUCCUGAGGCACCCCGGAGAGGCGAUCGCCAUGCAGAAGCGUAUGUAUAAAUCAAGAACGAACGAAAAUGGAUCUCCGCAAUCCCUGGGACUGGAGCGAAUGCCAGCGGAGAUGUACGUUCCCAAUCAGCAGCAGUGGCUAGAACUCAGAGCCUCAAAGACUUAUAAACUCUACUGCUGCACAGAUUAA